AUGGAGUCCAGGCGGAACAGCUCUCCCCUGUACCUCUCACGCAGUCCACAGCUUCAUUGUGCCGAUCAAUGGCUCGAUUGGUUCUUUGAUCUCAGGAGCAAAGCACGCACCAUCGGAAUAUGGGACAACAUGGACCCAUACGAGCCAGAUGGUCCGGAUGACGAACUCAUUCUACCCAAAGCCAAAAGCUUUGUAAAGCUCAAGACUCGACUCAUUAAAGAUGCCCAGGACAACAACAAGCCCGACCCCUUGGACGCAGACAUCUUACGCAUGUACGAUAUCCUACUCCGAGAGACCGAAACCAAGCUAGCCAUCUACCACGAAAGAGCUGUAAAAGAAGAAGCAAUCCGAAACCUCAUCAUGGACACUGUGCACCCCGAUAUCUACGAAGCUGCCAUGAAUACGCUGCCCGGAAAGCACACCCUACGCCAACACAUCAAAUCUAUCCAAGAUAUUUAUGCACCGACCUCAUUGUUUCUACAAAGUCGAGUCAAUGUGGCGUAUCGCGCUGUGUUGGACGAAGCACGGGCAGGGAACUGUGAUCCAGAGGCGUGGGUUCACAAGUGGAGAAAGGCCUUCACUCGUGCUGAAGAAUUCGGCUCCCCAUAUGUCCAAGGGCGCGAGGCAGUUUCCGAUUUUUUGACGGCUGUAGAUGCCUAUUUCGCGCCAGGUUGGGGCUUGUCCACUUAUGGGGACUACACUGACUCAUUGGAUAAUGAGAAAGCCAACAUGACCCUUCAGACCAUCAGCCAAUCAUUCUUCUACUACAUAAAUGAUAUUCCUGCACGGUCUAAAUUGGAUACUCGUCACACCGAGAAUGUCGCUCAAGCGCAAGUAAUCAAGGUCGACAUGUCUUGUCCUUGUGGGCGGCGGAAUCACCCCUGGGAAGCUGAGGAGUGUUCCAUUCUCGAGUUUGCCAUCAGAGGGUAUAAGGAUGGUAGGACGAACAGCUUCUCACGAAAGAGGCGGAACGAUAUUCUGCGAGAACUCUGGAAGAAUCAAUGGGGGGACCUACGCCUGAGACUGGAAAAGAAGGGUUGGGAUAUCCCUGAGGCCGUGUGGCCUCGGGUCGAAGAGGGGCCAUAUUGGCUUGAAUACCCGCCGCUGUACUAG